AUGGAGAACAAGUGGAUGGCCAGAGCCAUCAUCCUUCUGCUGGUCUGUUUGACAAGAAGUCUCGCCAAAGAACUCACAGGUAAUACUACUGCUGGCAAUGCUUCUGAGGAACCUCGUAAUCCUGCAAAGACAGAUUUCAGCACUAAGACCUUUCAAAUUGGCAGAAAUGUCACCUUACAGUGCACCAGCAGAACUUGGAAUGAGACAAUUUAUGUUCUCUGGAAUAUAACGAUUGGUCGGAAAAGUUGCCGGAUAACAACAGCUCAUAACGGACCUAACACGGACACGUGCAACGACGGAAAAGCACUGCACAACACAUCCAAAGGAGAAUCAUAUUUAUUUAUCCCGAAUUUUUCCAAAGAAGAUGAAGGAAUGUAUGCCUGUGAGACGGCUCUUUAUGAAAAGGAAAGUCAUAGAGAAAACAUUAAAGUGUCAUCAUGGGCGAUGGCUCUCCUGCUUCUCACUUACCUCAUCUGCAAACACCUGAGUAGAGCCAGUGUGUUUGGAAAACUGUGCUGCAAAAUGAACAAAACUCAGACCCAAGCUACACCGGCUAGCAACAAACCUCCACAGAAUCAAGACGUGGAGGAUGUGGAACCAUAUGCCAGCUAUGUACAAAGAGUCAACUCCAUCUACAAUUCCUCAGCUGAGCUCUUCAAUACUUAA